AUGAUUUCUCCUCCCAUCUUAGCCUACUACGACGUGAAUGCACCGGUAACUUUAGGAAAAGACAUUCCAAUACCAGACAUCUUGAGUCGCGAUGUGAAGAACAACCCUACGGAUGAUGAAGAAGAAUUCGAGGUCCACAUUGUGCUACAGAUGUCGAAGAGAUCUGCCAACGAGCUGAGACAGCACGUCGAGACGGACUACGAAUUGCAGCAACUAAAAACGGUAGUUACAAUGGGCUGGCCUGAAAAUCGAGAUACUGUGGAUCCAGUGGUACGCAAAUACUGGUGCUUCAGAGAUGAGCUGUCGGUGUACGAAGGAUUGGUUUUCAAAGCACAUCAGGUAGUGGUACCUCGGUCGCUUCGUAAGAAGAUGUUAGUAGCAAUUCACAGUGGUCAUCCGGGAUUGCAUAGUGGCGUUAGAAGAGCGAAACAGGUGCUGUUCUGGAUAAACAUGGCUGCAGAUAUCCAAGAGAUGGUAGACUCGUGCGCCGUCUGUCAGAAGCACACUCGUAGUAACGUGAAGCACACCAUAGUAUCGAAGGAAGUUCCGUCGCUACCUUUCGAGAGAGUAGCAACCGAUCUAUUUUAUAUGAAAGGCAAGGAGUACAUCAUGAUGGUUGACAGCUACUCUGGGUUUUUCGAUUUCAAGGAAUUAUCGAAUACGUCGUCCCGAGCGGUAGUUGAGCAGCUCAAGGAAUGGUUUGCGGUUCAUGGUGUACCUAGAGUGCUUGAAUCAGACAACGGUCCACAGUAUUCGUCGGAGGAGUUCAAAAAGUUUGCCAGCGAGUGGUGUUUCGAUCAUUGCACAUCUAGUCCAAUGUUUCCAAGAGCCAACGGACUGGCUGAGCGAUUUGUGCAAACCGCGAAAGGUAUACUGAAAAAGUGUGGUGAGGACAAGUCCGAUGUAAAACUUGCCUUAUUACACGCACGUAACACACCACGGACGAGUGAAUUGGCAGCACCAAGUGAAAGGUUAAUGGGAAGACUUCUUCGAUCAAACUUACCAGUUACUGAAAAGAGAUUGGUUCCCAAAUUGGUUACCGGAGUCACUGAAGCACUAUUGGAAGAGAGAAAACAUCAAAAGCAGUACGCAGAUAAAGGAGCGGUGGAAUCAAAGGAAUACGACAAAGGUGAGUCAGUGUUACUUCAAUAUCACAGCGACAAAACCUGGCAACCAGCGAGGGUGGUGUCGUGUUCGGACGGAAUACGAUCGUAUAUUGUAUCAGAUGGAGAAAGAACGUUGAGAAGGAAUUCCCAUCAUCUACGUCCUGUAAAAGCCCUGGACAACGCAGAUCAUCAACAGAAUCAAGAUGCAGUACAACCAGCACCAGGAGAUGAAGAGGUUCAACGUGCUGUCAUGUCAGAGGCUAACCUCCGUGCUGAACCAUCUCCCAGCGCACCGCAGCCUAGAACGAGCCGCGUCGGCAGAGAAGGAUCAGCGCUAACCACGCCGAGCACGACCAACGUACAUCCGAGGGGAGAUAAAUUCGGGGUGCCCGUUGAGUGGUUGGAGUAG